AUGGUCAAGGCUGACCAGACCUCGCAGAUCGCCCUCGCUACAAUCUUCGGAUGGGUAGUUCUCGGACCCCUCGUUGCCGGACCGCCUCACGGAGAGAAGGUAGCUCUCCACGGAGCAGCUGAUCAUGAGCUCCACGAACUCCUCACUAAAUUUUGGAUGCAAGAAGAGGUUCCUUCGAAACCCUCGCUAGCCCUCACUCCGGAAGAGCAAGAAUGCGAGGCACACUUCUCUCGCACCCAUUCUCGAGACUCCUCCGGUCGCUACGUGGUGCGACUCCCUCUCCUGGGACCUCGGACUAACCUCGGGGACUCUUACGAGACGGCUCUUCGAGGUCUUAGACGGAUUCAACGGCGCUGCACGGCCAAUCAGGCGUACGGACGCCUCUACAAGGAGUUUCUGCAGGAGUACGAAGACCUCGGACAUAUGCAACCAGCCUCGGAAUCCUCCUUGGGCACCUCCACGAUCUUUUACCUCCCACAUCACGGGGUUUUAACCUCUAAGGGUUCGCAGCCGAAACUGAGGGUCGUAUUCAACGGCUCCAGUGCCACCUCAUCCGGGACUUCUCUCAACGACCUCAUGCAUACAGGUGCGAAACUGCAAUUAGAUAUUUCGGACGUCCUCUUGCGGUUUAGACGGUUCCGGUAUGUGUUCACCACGGACAUCGUAAAGAUGUUUCGGCAGGUCGCUGUACAUCCAGCUGAUUGGGACCUUCAACGUAUCCUCUGGUCGGACCCUCAAGGGAAGACGGUCAGCUACCAAUUGACCACGGUCACCUACGGUACGCGAUCAGCUCCUUUCUUGGCGGCAAGUGCGCUGCUGCAACUCGUGCACGAUGAAGGUCACCGGCACCCCCUCGCUGUGCCUCCACUUCUCAAGGGUCGCUAUGUGGAUGACAUUCUCGGAGGAGGCGACACAGUCAAGGAAGCCGAGGAAGUCGCGGUUCAGCUGACUCAGCUCUGCAGGGCGGGCGGGUUUCCUCUUCAAAAAUGGUCCAGCAAUUUUCCAGAGCUCCUCAAGGUUAUCUCCGGAGACGGCGACACCUCAAGCUCGACCAUGGAUUUCUCCGAUCUCCCCACAAGGAUUCUGGGCUUAUCUUGGCAACCUCUAGCGGAUCACUUCUGGUUUUCCGCUGCACGCACCUUUCGAGAUGCAGUGACGAAACGAACCAUCCUCUCGGAAGUCGCACGUCUGUUUGAUCCGCUCGGAUUCCUCGCACCCCUCACGAUACGAGCGAAGAUUCUCCUCCAGGAGCUGUGGCUUGAAUAG